AUGGCAUCAAAAUCUGCCAGUGGUGCUGCGAAACGCAAAAUAAAAAAACAAAGAGAAGAAUCUGUUAAGCGGAUGCCGAAAAUUGACACAUAUUUCAAACAAAACCACGAAGAAACAGAAGAGCAAGAUAUUGAUAACCCAGUUCAUUUUAAAGAACCACUCAGUUACCAAGAAAAACGUUUUAUAAUUUCUCAAGGCCCUUGUCAACCUAAUGGUCCAUGUAUUAUAAAAAAUAAUUUAAAUUUGUCAAAACUUCGUGGUCAAGGGUUUGAUGGGGCUGCCAACAUGAGUGGUGUAUAUUCAGUUCUAAACGAUGCAAUGAAUUCAUCAACGGAAGUAAAAACUUUCUUUGGACUUGUGGAAAAAAUUUAUACAUUUUUUUCAAAUAGUAUUAAACGUUGGCAAUUACUUUUAUCUUCAGAAUCAUCAGAUAUUUCAAUUACAUUAAAAAGAUUAUGUACCACUCGUUGGUCAUCAAGAAGCAAAAAUAAGGACGAAAUAUUUGAAGCAAAUUAUUUAAAAGUUCAUAUGGAAGAUUUUCAAUUUAUAUUCAGUGUAAUUUUCAUUGGCAAAAUUCUGAAAACUGUAAAUGUUGUAUCAAAAGCUCUUCAGUCUCCUAAACAAGAACUGAGCACAGCAGUUUCUUUGCUGAAUUCUGCGUUGAUAAAACUCCAAGAAUACAGGUCACAAUACAGUGAUUUUUUCGAAAUAGCAGUAAAAAUCGCAAAAAAAAUGGGGUGUACCACAAAAAUUUCAAGAAAAAAGAACCUGAAGAACGAACAAAUUUAUAACUCCGCUAAUAAAUUGGUAGAAUAUUAUGAUUCUGAUUUAUCUAAUGCUCUUGCUGGUCAAAUUUUAUCGUUCAGAUCUUGUUUUAAAGAAGAAAUUACAAAACGAACAUCGGUAAAAGCAAUUACUGAAUUACUUGUAAUAGAGAACCCCACAUUAGCAACAACAUUUUCUGAAAUAUGUACAGCAUGUAUGUUAUUUUUGACACUCCCUGUGACAGUUGCUUCAGCGGAACGUUCAUUUUCAAAAUUAAAAUUAAUCAAAAAUUAUUUACGGAGCACAAUGUGUGAAGAAAGAUUAAGUGGACUUGGAAUUCUAUCUAUUGAAAACGAUCGAGCUCGUCAAUUAAAUUUAAAAGAAAUAAUUAAUAAUUUUGCAGAAAAAAAAGCACGCAAACGAAAUUUCCAUUGA